AUGGGUAAGAAUUUAGAGGCAUUCAAAUAUUUUGAGAAAUCUCUUGAAACUAUAAAAGAAAUACUUGGUGAGAAACACCCUUAUACUGCCAAGGCAUACAUUAAUAUUGGCAAUGCAUUGCGCGAGAUGAGUAAGUACUCAGAGGCACUUACAUAUUAUGAGAAAUCUCUUGUCAUCCAGAAAAAAAACCUUGGUGAGAAACACCUUGAUGCUGCAGUGACAAACUAUUGUAUUGGCAGUACACUAUAUGACAUGGGUAAGUACCCAGAGGCACUUCCAUAUUUUGAGAAAUCUUUCGAAGUCAGGAAAGAAUUACUUGGUGAGAAACACCCUGAUACUGGUAUGACAUACCAAAGUAUUGGCAGCGCUCUUUAUCAGAUGCAUAAGUAUGCAAAUGCACUUACAUUUUAUGAGAAAUAUCUUGUAAUCCAGACAGGCAUACAUGGUGAGAAACACCCUGAUACUGCUACGGCAUACCAGAACAUUGGCAGUGCGUUAUGUGGCAUGGGUAAGUACACAGAGGCACUUACAUAUUAUAAGAAAUCUCUUGGAAUCAGGAAAAAAAUCAAUGGUGAGAAACACCUUGAUGCUGCAGUGACAAACUAUAAUAUUGGCAGUACACUAUGUGACAUGGGUAAGUACCCAGAGGCACUUCCAUAUUUUGAGAAAUCUUUCGAAGUCAGGAAAGAAUUACUUGGUGAGAAACACCCUGAUACUGGUAUGACAUACCAAAGAAUUGGCAGUGCUCUUUAUCAGAUGGAUAAGUAUGCAAAUGCACCUACUUUUUAUGAGAAAUAUCUUGUAAUCCGGAUAGAAGUACAUGGUGAGAAACACCCUGAUACUGCUACGGCAUACCAGAUCAUUGGCAGUGUGCUAGGUUGCAUGAGUAAGUACCCAGAGGCACUUACAUAUUUUAAAAAAUCUCUUGAAGUCCGGAAAGAAGUACUUGGUGAGAAACACCCUGAUACUGCUACAGCAUACCAGAACAUUGGCAGUGUGCUAGGUUGCAUGAGUAAGUACCCAGAGGCACUUACAUAUUUUAAAAAAUCUCUUGAAGUCCGGAAAGAAGUACUUGGUGAGAAACACCCUGAUACUGCUACAGCAUACCAGAACAUUGGCAGUGUGCUAGGUUGCAUGAGUAAGUACCCAGAGGCACUUACAUAUUUUAAAAAAUCUCUUGAAGUCCGGAAAGAAGUACUUGGUGAGAAACACCCUGAUACUGCUACAGCAUACCAGAACAUUGGCAUUGUGUUAGAUUGCAUGAGUAAGUACACAGAGGCACUUACAUUUUAUGAAAAUUCUCUUGACGUCCGGAAAGAAGUACUUGGCGAGAAACACCCUGAUACUGCUACGGCAUACCAGAACAUUGGCAGUGUGCUAUGUGACAUGGGUAAGUACGCAGAGGCACUUACAUUUUAUGAAAAAUCUCUUGACGUCCGGAAAGAAGUACUUGGUGAGAAACACCCUGAUACUGCUACGGCAUACCAGAACAUUGGCAGGGUACUAUGUGACAUGGGUGUGAACGCAGAGGCACUUACAUUUUAUGAAAAAUCUCUUGAAGUCCGGAAAGAAGUACUUGGUGAAAAACACCCUGAUACUUUUCGGACAUACCUUCGUAUUGGCAAGGCUCUUCAGCUGAUGAAUGAGCUUGCAAAGGCAAUUACAUAUUAUGAUAAAUAUAUCGAGGUCUCUAAAGAGCGUUAUGGUGCCAUGGAUUCUGAAACCAGGGAAACAGAGGUCUACCCUAUGUUUCGCGUGAAUGAUGCCAAUAGUUUUGAGCCUUGUCAUCACGAUAGCUCUCAUAUGCAUGAUUCUAAGAUCUUCAGGCAUCUCAUCUGA